AGGCUGACAUCCGUUGGAUGUAGCCGCCUGUUGGUGCUGUUUUUUGGGGAGGGCAUGUGGCUCUGAGGCUCAGGGCUGCCUCUCUCUCUGACCCUGACUUGUCGAUGAAAAAGAGAGCUAAGCAGAGGGGGUGUGGAUGCGCCACGGGAGACAAAAAAAACGCUUUAAUUUGGUACUGCUGAUUCUGCUAAACAUGGAGUGGCGCCGCCUUUACCGACUAAUCGGAGAAAACGCCGAAGUGGGCGUUUGUUGAGUUUGUCAAAGCCAAAGAGAUUCUGGAGCUGCUUUGCUUUUUAAUUUUUUUUAUUUCUUUUGCCGUUGAUAUUCCCAUCUGCAAUGAUGCGGGCUUUGGAAGGUGUAGGGAGUUGGACCACCGUGCUCGUAUUCUUCGUUCUCGGAUUGCUCGUUUCAGAAGGCUCCAGCAAAACGUCGGAGGAAGAAGUGACUCUGAAGGUCCGCCUCAGCGAUGCCAGCACUCACCAGCCUCUGGACGGAGCAUCCAUACAGCUCUUUGCCAACCACACUUUGGUAACCACGGAAACCUCACUGGCAGACGGCAACGUUUACCUGCGCUUCCCAUACCGCCUGGGCACCCCGCUGGUCAUCACCGCAACCAAACACGGAUACGUUCCAAACUCCGUGCCGUGGACGCCCUCCCGCCUCCCUAUGUUUUCCUCCAUUAGCCUGAAUCUUCUACCAGAGAGAGCCGCUACUCUGACAGUCUAUGAAGAUGUGGUGGAGAUCGUGUCGGAUUUUCAAGGAUUUAGGCGCCAGCCCAGUGUUCAUUUCCAGCGUCGAACCUUGACUCUUCCUGUCAACACUUCCUAUGCCAAUUUGACCGCACUACUCACGGUGGCCGACUCCCCAUCGGAGAUCCAGCACUUUCCCUACCUGCGGGUCCCUGCCGACAACGGCACUGGAGCAGAGAAGCGGCUAGAGCUGACUCCUGUGGCGGCCGUCUCCGUCCACCUAUUGGCCAGCGACGGGCUGGAGCUGCAGGUGAAUGAGCCAAUCACAGUCUCCGUUCCCCUGCCUGCAGACUGUGGCCUGAAGGAAAAUGAUCACGUCUCCGCUUGGCGAUUUGACCCACGUUCGGGUUCCUGGAUUAAGAGCAGUUGGGGCCACGUUCAGAGGGAGAACAACCAACUUAUCCUGACCUACAUCGCUCCUCAGCUGGGAUACUGGGUGGCCGCCACGUUGCCACCUAAGUCAGGUCUACUGGUUGUGAAAGACAUCAGCAUGUACCACACUAUGUUUCUACUGGCCAUUCUUGGAGGCAUGGCACUCAUUCUGCUGUGUUUGCUCUGCGUCCUCCUGUACUACUGCAGACGCCGUUGUUUGAAACCUCGGAGCUCUCACCGUAAGCUCACGCUGUCCUCCGGUUUGGACGGCAACAAGAGGGAUCAAGCGACCUCCAUGUCCCACCUCAACCUCAUCAGCAACGAGGUGCAGUUGGAGCUUGUUUCCACAGCGACAGAGGCUGACAUGACCACACCGAUGCUGAAGCCGUCCUCCUACGAGCCCGGUGACGAUCCCCACACGCACAACCUGAUCCAGCACAGCAAGCACAGCCGUUCUUCGCUGGGCAACAGCCAUCACGGCUCAUCCCUCGGCAAUCUGACACCUCGCAGUAGAGACUACCGUCAGUCGGCCGAGACUAUGCAGUUCAAGUCGGCCAUAUCGAGCGGAACCGACCGAGGGUACCGUCAGUCGUAUGUCUCCGUCUGCUCGUCCGGCAACCUCAUAUCCGACAGACUAUCACUAGCCAAGCACGACCAAUUAUCAGAACAUCAACUGAGCGGUGUUGUCAUCUCCCCUUCUUCCCCCCCUCACUCCCCCUCCAGAGGGGAGGGAAGUGAGAGCAGAGCCCCUGAAUACCCUCUCUCCCGCUCCGUUGACCACCUGGAGCGGCCCCCCUCGCUCGCCCGGCCGGGCCAGCUGCUGUGCUGCGCCUCCGUCGACCUGCUAAGUGGUAGUGAAACCUACCCGAGAGUGCGGCCCACACUGGUCAUCCCCGCUCACUACAUGCGCCUGCCUGGGGAGCACCCCCUGUCGGGUCAGGCCCUCCUGCUGCAGACGGACGAGCAGAGUGACCUGGAGACCAUCCAGGCUGAGCUCAAUGCCUCACAGUCCUCAGGACAAACCCCCAAAGACUGCGUGCCAUGCCCUGCCAAGCAGGAUGAAGAAGAGAAGCUGGUGUCCAUUCCAGGAGCGCUCGGAGAAACGGGUCUGGUGGAGAUAAAUAGCGAAGACACCCUAUUGGCGGAAAAGACGUUAAUGGAGCUCAGAGGAGGCAAGCCUCUGCCACACCCAAGAGCCUGGUUCGUCUCACUGGACGGCCGCUCUAACGCUCACAUCCGCCAUUCCUACAUUGACCUCCAGCGGGCUGGUUGCCACAGUAACGCCACAAGCGCAGGAGGCCCACAAGGCAGCGGGCGGAGGCAUGGCAGCGGCAACGAUGCCAGCUUAGACUCCGGCGUGGACCUGAAUGAGCCCAGAGCUGGUCAUAGGGUACGGGAUGUGGAGCAGGAGGAGCAAGAAAUGGAAAAGGAGACGUCCAAGAGCACAACACCAACCACAGCCUUCACUCAGCUGGUGUACGUGGACGAUCUGGAGGGGACGGGCAGAAAGGAGCCCUUCAAGUACAACUCCCGUGACAGCAAUUUGGGGUCCAUCCAGUCUGUCAAGGGAGAAGCUGAGAGCGUACAAAUCCACACGGAACCACCAUCAGUUUCUUCCCCCUCACCCGCUUCUCCUCCCAUGACGCAGCCCGACUAUGGCGUGACUCUCAGGAACGACUGCACGCUGCUGUCUGCCUCCCCAGAGGAUGACGCACCACCUGAAGAUGGAGAGGAGAAGAAGAGUCCCUGGCAGAGGAGGGAAGAGCGACCCCUGCUGGCCUUCAAUAUGAAGUAAAUUCUCUGGCGACUACAUGAGCAGAACAUCCCCGUUGAAUCUUUACAUAGCACUGACAUUGAUCCACUACUUAAAAAAAGUUUGGGAUCUUGGGCUUUGAGGUGAGAUUUCAGGAUGUAUCUGAACUGCAUUAUAGCCAUUAUCCAACCAUUGUCUGUGCACUUAAUCCGAGACUCUCUACAAGUUUAAAGGCAGUAAUGCAUAUUCGGAUCAUCUUGAAAGUUCACCCAAAAAUCCAAUAUCCUUAACUUUUUGGGCAUGGUGUACUUCAGCACUGGGAUCGAGCAAAGAAAGGGACAACUCUGAACUUUUAUAAACGUUUAUAUGACAAUGACCACUGUCAUCCUCCAUAACACCCCUGCCCUCAUCUGUGUAAACGCACCACUAACAAGCUGGAAGUAGACUUGCCUGAAGGACUCUGGAGGUUCUUUUUUUUUUCCGAUGCAAAACAAAUAUGUUGGGUUUUUUUCCCCUCUUCGAGCUGUAGUACAGCCAAUAGAUUGGUCAAGGAAUACAGGAACCUUUUUCCUUAAGCCAUAUUGGCCUCGGACCACUGACCAUAAAAGCACUCCAUUCCCACUCCUCAGUAUUUUUCUCCCCGAGUGCUUUUGGGUGUACAACAACUAGUCACUCCAACACAAUUUAUCCCUUGAGAGACGUUUGUUAAAAGACCAGUUUAUCAGGUCACAAGGAUGUUAUCCCUUGACUACACAAAAAACACAACUAUUAUUGUUGUGUAAUCAGAUAAUGUGACACACCACCCAGUUGGAGUGUAAGGAUGUAAUACCACUACAAGUUAGGCCUCCAGCAAUGAUACUGUUUAUACUAUGAAGGGUUUUUGUACGAGUUGAAUCACUGACUGGCAUAUGUUGCUCUAAAGGCUAUGCAUCACUUUUAGACGCCUGCUUGAGAUGCCUUUUUUUGUUUGUUUGUUUGUUUGUUUUAACACUAUUAUUUUGAUUGCCAAUGUGAAGUAUUUUAACCCGAUGAGGCUACUUCCUCUUCAAAUAUGUUAAGGGCUUUUCUUCUUCGCCUGCCUUAUUCUUUGUUUUUAGUUAUGUGUCUUUAUUUUAACUGAAACCAAACCGUUUCCGUUUGCAGUAUUUUUUUGCCUUUGGUUCCCAAUUUUCCAAGUGCCUUUUCCUUAAGAUGCACAAUAUCCUGAAAGGAUCACUACAUUUAUUUCUCACCUUCUUUUGCCUUUGUUCUGCCUUUUCUUCUCUACCUCAGCCGUCAUUCUCGUUCCCGCUUGUGACCAAAAGUAUGCAGUAAAUGUCUUGUUACUACACUGCACAGAGCUCACAAUAUUCUGCAAGCCCAUCGAGAAGCACUGAGAUGGUUUGCAGCACAGCAGGGAAUGGAUAAAAAAAGCGAGCGUAGGCCAAGGGAACAGGUUACUUUUGCGCAUUUGGAGUGAGCAUUUGUUUUAAAAUGUAUUUUUCUGAGUGAGGCAUGUUUUUUUUUAUGACCUACUGUAUACUUAUGAGAGUGCUGGGAAAUAAUCAAAUCCACUCGGGUUUCAUAUAGUCAUCACAGUCAUAUUAAAUCUUUUUCAUUGUUUAUUUCUUCUUGCACAUUGAAAUAUUGCAAGUUUGUUUUCUGGGCAACCUUCAGUGUUUGAGCAAAGUUGCAGUACAAUUCGUGUGUACAUUGCUCGUUUGCAAUAUAUAUCUGAAGUUAUUCUGAAUAAACAACCAGAUGAACAA